UAUAAAUGUCUAGUGUCUAAUCUGAAGAUCCGGUGCAAAUUCACGUGCUAAUUUGCGGACUGCGUUGGACCUGCUUGAUUUAUCAUAUGGUUAAAUGUUAAUUCAACUGAGGUCGCAACUUACUUCGUGGAGGAUAGAUUGCAUAGGAUGAUAGAGUACCUUAAACAGUUUUGUCAUUGCAUGGGACGACGUGUGACAAGUGGCCCUACAAAUCUACUGUCAAUAAAAACAUAAACUUUCAAGUACAUAUUUCUCGUUGGGACUUAGCGCUUCGUCAACAUGAAGGAGGAAGUGGAGAACAAUUGCAAUUCCGAGUUACCAGCUGUGGUCGGAGCCCUAUUAGAUACCUUGGACGACAAGAACCAAGAUGUAAAGCAGUCCGUGAUCGAGUCGAUUGAAAGAAUAAGCCGGAAAAACCCAGAGAUCGUCAUUCAUGCUGCCAUUUAUUUUUGGGAGAUGCAUAAGAAGAUAUCCACGGAGCACAUGGGAUCUUUAUUGAACAUAAUAUCUAGUAUAUGCAGACACUCGACUACAAGUUUAAGUGUAGAUUUAGUGUCGUUUCUCGCUGAGAUAGCAGUAAACGAGUUGAUAGGCGAGACUGAGAAGGAGGCGGCCGAGUUGUUGAUUGAACUUUGCAAAAUACACUGCAUGCAAGCUACCGGUGGACUCUUAACUAAAUUGGAACCCGGAGUAAUUCCCAAUCCUGCGAUAAUUUUCACAAUAGGGAAGCUCGCGACGGCCAAUCCGUAUGGAAUGCUGUCGUUUGUUAAAAUAACGUUGACUAUCAUGUUACCGAUGCUGAAUCAGAUACGGGAAGAGGUUCUCAAACAAGCAAUUUGUUUUAUGAUUUCCAGGUUUUGUGAAGCUAUAAACGAUUAUAUAAUGAACGGACAAGACUCGUCUCUGGGAAUUACUAAACAGACAUUUGUGGAAGAAAUUUGUUCCGUCUUCGACUUUCUGACGCACAAUUGGUUGAAGACAUCUCGCGAUUUCAAAUCAACUGAAACUAUUUUAAUGGCAUUCGUGCCUAUGGUACCUUUGCUGCCUGUGCAACAAGAUAGCGACAGAAUUGUAAAAUUAAUACCCGUGUGUUUAAGUCUUUGUAAGAAGCAAAAUCUACGUUUAGCUGCUGUGAGAGUUUUAGCUGUGAUUUUAAGUUCUGUCGAGACUGAAAAUGACAAGGAGGCAAUCCGCCCAUUUAUGGAGAAUAUCCACCAAACUCUGUCCGAAUUCGUUAGUAUUUAUCCCUUCGAAGCAGCUCGGGAUGCAGUUCUUACACAUUAUGAAGUGCUGCAGUGCUCCAGAUCGUUGGUUGUGUUGUAUCCCGAAGAAGGUCUCGAUAGAAUCUUGCAGCAGUUGAAGUCGCCAGUUGCUAAUCAACGCGCUCGUGCUUUAGUAGUCCUCAGACACCUCAUAAACACUCUUCCACCAGAGGAUGAUGGAUCUCUACAGAGAAUUGCACUUAGCCUGCAGGAAUCUCUCGGGGAGAAUGGUGCGCUCCAAAUGAUCGGUGCUAUAGUGGCACUAGCGGCUCGGCCGACAUUCCCUCUUUUGCCGUCACAGAGAGCUAGAUUUGUUCGCUAUAUGGUGUCACACUGUGAAAUAAAGAGUGACGAUAUGGAGGCAUGUUCUGAAGCUUUGUAUUUGCUUGCAACGACAGUUGACGGUGUCGAAUCUUGGCUGUGGCCGUGUUUGAUAAGCGCAUUACUGGACUCAGCUUGCAUAGCAUCCGUCACAUCCGUACUACGUUCAUUAUCUCCAUUAGCGGCGAAAAUAAUACGCGAUGAAAAUUCUUCAACAAAUGAAAGGGACUUCCCUGGAACAAAAGUCUUAGGCAGAUGCCUGGAAUUGUUAAGCAACCCGGCUAAUCGAUCCGCAAUAGUGGCCUUUUUAAAAUCGGCAGCACCUUUGGUAGGACACAGAGUAAAAUCUUAUUGGGAUGAGAAGCUACUGGAACUUUCACAGGAACUCUUGCAAGAUGAGCAAAGAAGCUCUCGAAAAAACUCUAAAGAAGUGAAAGAUGACGUGCAAUGGGAUUUAAUAUGGGAAGAAAAAGUAGUAGAGUGGUUAGAAGAGAGCGUGAAACUAGAAGGAGAGUCAUGGGGCGCAAAGCUCGCUGACGAACUCGCUUUGAAGGCAAACACACCGGGUGUUGCGCCGCUUUUGGCAUCUACGUGCAAUAACAACGCUCACAUCACCCUACUCGUCGAACUCGCGCGUUCUCACGGCACUACCAAGGAAUUCGCGCGAGCGGUCGGCAUCUGCGCCAAACGGCAUCUAAGUAUCGUGCUGAAAUUAAUGGAGGAGUUUUGCACCGUCGAGGAUGCCAGGAAGGCCCCUGUGAGGUUGCUAGGUUUCGUGAAGGACACAAAGGCUGCUGCUACCGCCGAGGCUGCAAAAGCGGGUUUAUUGAAUUCCUACGCCGAAAUUGCUCAGAAGGGGGAUCCGCAAGAACUUUUUCCUAUCUUCGAAAAGCAUGUGUUACCUUGGACUAUUAAACAGUUGCACGAAUGUAAGGAACUGUCUACGAAGGAAGCGGGAUUGUUAGUCUUGGAACAAGUGGCCAAGGCUGUUCAUCCCACCAGAUUGUCCGAAUCUAAAGGCCUACGCGUAAAGGCUACUGCUCUGGCAACUCUGUUGGGAAUUUUGCAGUCGUCAACUGGAUACAGACCGUUGCAACUCUAUCCGGCGGUACUGAAAGCAGCAAACUCUUUAAUACGUAUACCGCCAGCAUUAAAUAAUGAGGAAAGAGAGAUCUUCCUCAGCGCAGUACUGGAUAAGACAAUUAGUGCGAGUUCGGAGAUUGCUUUACAAUUACAUCCGGAAAUAAUGCAACAAGUUGUGGAUGAGUUGGGGACCGUGUCCAGCGAAAUUGUAUCCGAUUCAGCAGAUGCGUUAGCUGAGUUAGUUGACAUAUUGCUACCUUGGAUGCAAUCCAAAUCGAAUGUGGAGAGAAAAACUACUCUGUUGGUGCUGCAUACGGUGCUCCAGUCUUAUUAUAAUUCUUUAAAAUAUACAUAUCCAGGCGGCAAGUUGGAUGCCGGAAAACUAGUAGGAAGAACUUUAUGUUGGUGUGCGGACACAGAAUUCGCGUUGAGACCACUGGCGAUAGACUGCAUGCUUCUCACUUUGAACAUUGCAGCCCGUCAUCGGCAUACAUUACCUGAUAAUACCUUGAGUGAAGACGUACAACAAAUAAAGAAAGAACUUAUGAUCGAAGAUUCAUCGGUAUCCUAUGGAGCUGUACAAAGACUGGCUAGUGCGGUAUCGCAGAAAAUCCCCAACGGCGAGAUAGUUAGCUUAGCGGAGGGAUUGAUAGAAGGGUUGCUAUUCUAUGGAGAAUCGGGCCUGGUAGCAGGAAUAGCUCUCUCGCAACAUUUUCAAAUUAAAGGAUCGGAGAUAUCCAGGACCGAUGUUUGCUUAGUCGAGAGUAUCAUUACACAAAUGAGACAAAUGGAAAACGCGAGCUGCAGGUACAUUGCAACGGUGGCUAUAGUGUCACUGAUGAAGCACCAUCCGGAAGAAGUGAUCGAGCAUCUUUUGUCUCAGCCAUUACCAUUAGAUCCAGGUACCGCAUUGUGCUGGAAAGAAAUUGGCAAUAAUGAUUCCUUUGGACCCCGAGCUUUGGAUAUGCUGUUAAUAAAACUCGAAUCCAACAGUCUAUUUUCUGAGAUUGCUAGUCCGCCCGCAUAUUCCGGACGGAAUAAUACCGCAUCUCUUCCGUCCUUGGCGGCCAUGGUGGGCUUGAAGCAUCUUCUUGAAUCUUUGCACAUAGAAAGCUUGAUUACCAGCAAGCAAUUAGCGGGUUUGUUAUCAGUUCUCCUCAAAUACCUCUCGGGCUGGUUGCACGUUGACGCUCCCGCGUCGUUGAUAAAUACGAAGUACGGAUAUGUACCGAAUCGAGCGGCACAGAAGAUAAAUCCGCAUACGGAAGUGUAUUCUAUAUUAACCAACAUAUUGGUAGCCAUCCAACCGAAUACUGCAUCCAAUUUGCCGAUAGAGACUGCAUUUGCUUCCGAAAUGCAAGCCGAGGAGAACCUGAUAUCGACUGUACGAACAUUGAUGAAAUGUAUAUCGACCAGAAACGAAGUCCUGUCGAGCAUGACACAAUCCUUGAGCAAACUGAUGACCAGCACAAUAGCUAUACAGCGAGCGGUUGCUGCCACCUUUUACUCAGAAUUGAUUGGCAAAAUAGAUUGCGGAGCUAUAUGGCUUGAUGCCAUAAUUAACACUCUGCACGAUGCUAAGGCCGAUUCAUCGUCCUUAGUGCGAAAGCUUGCUACCAUCGGACUUGCUAGAAUAGCCUACUUGGACCCGAGACAGGUCGAUGAAUAUUUCGACAAUUGCAUGGAAGCCUUACUCGAUGGAUUGGAGGAGACCGCCGGUGGGGAAGGCGGUGCUGAAGUAGUACUCGAAUCGUUACGCGGCCUCUCGGUGCUGUUAUCGGUUCAAUACAAGAGGCCUGUCAGCCCCCGAGUAGUGCUGGCCUUGAAACCGUUUUUCGAGAAAGAAAACACUGAGAUGAAGCUUGCUGCCAUAGGCGCUCUGGGCGCGAUAGCUACCAAUUGGCGGAGAUCAAUUACAUCGCCGGAUGAUGAUUUAAUCGAUCAUCUUCUCGGCUGUUUGCCAUCUCUGAUAAUAAGACUGGAAGAUUCGAAUAUAACAGUAGUUAAGACUGCACAGGAAACCUUAUGUAAAACUGCAAGUAUGGUGCAGAAUGAGAGAUUAUCGAAUGUGAUACGUAUUAAUUUGGGACCAAAUGCCAAAUUCAGCUUUGAGGAUUUUUCCAAGGACUUGAUAAACUGUUUGAAAGAGGAAUUUCCACAAAGAGCAGAAGAACUAAGAAACGCCGUUGUCCGCGGAUACUCUAGAUCAGAGAAUUAUCACACCAGAGCCACGUCCGCGCUGCUCUUAGGAUUAUUCGAUUCCCCGAGGCCCGAAGAUGUACAAAGACUGUUACAACUCCUACGUGAUAAAGAAAGUAUUGUGAGAAUGCGUGCGUCGCAAGCUCUUUCAUUUUGCUUUACACUUUAGCGUAGGUAAUAUUUCAAUGAUUCGUUUCGGUUGUUCUCGAGAAGAGUUUUCUUCACUUUCUAAACCUUUUCAAGGCCCGGUUUUCAUUCUCUGGUUUACUUGUAGUUUAGGCUUAACCUAAAGUUUAAAAUAAAAAUUGCGUUUUUCAAUUUAUGGUUGAUCACUAAACUAAUGGUUUCCUAAGGCUACCUUUUACUAUCAGCAAAUUUACUGAUUAACUUCUGGUUUUAUGUUUACUAGAAGAUUCUACAGCAUAUCAAUACCGCCGUUAUAUUCAUUAUUUGCAUUCUCGUAGUCAAACUUUUUUCCAUGCUCUCGUAGUAACUAUCGUUAGCUUACGUGUAACAAAUCCUCUGUAAUUAUUUAUGGUAUUCAAUUUAUAUUCUUUUGUAUCGUCUCGAUUUUUGCUUUCACGACUUUUUUAAAAUUUUAAAACUUUGAAACUUUUAUUUUCAACAUUAUUCUUGAUUUAUUGUAUUUUUCUAUAGUAAAUGUUGAGUGAAUUAUAGAUACCUAUAUUACAUAAACUAAAGUUUUUUUUUCUGAGUUGUAAUACCAGCAUCAGAAAUUUUUUGAUGGGUAAAGGUUUAUUGAAGAUUGAUUAACCAAUAACAAUACAUUGAAAAACGCAAUAACAACUAACUUGAAAGUUAAUCUUCAAAGUAAUCUGACUAGAUAUAUUUACCUUCAAAUGAAAAACCAGGCCCUAGAGUUACGUUUUUAUUCUUGUGAUAUUGUAGAUUUUUAACAGUCAAUUUAUUUAGAGGCCAUAUCAUUAUAAUAUAAAAAAAAAUUUUUAUUGUAAUUAUUAUAAUUGUUUUGUUAGACAGAAUGUGUACAUAGACAAUUGAUUUAUUAACAUCAUGAGGCAAAACAUACUUGUAAAUGAAUUUAUAUACUGUUAUUGUUAAUCGACUAAUUAACAGAUUUCUUUUUUCUCUAUUGGCACUCCGUACGCAAUGUAUGGUCUAUAUCCUGUAUACGAUGAAGGCAACUUGUUAUAAGUAAUACUUAAUUUAUUUUUAUUAAUUAAUUUCCUUAUCAUGUGCUCUUUUUCUGAUAUUUAUUUGCAUGCAUCUGACCCACUAUAAAAGAAUUUUCAAAUCAUCAUAUAAGAUAUUUUCCUAUGAAAAAUAUAAUAUUGAUAACUGCUGUAAGUACAUUUCUUUUAUGCACGUGGUUCUUUCUUUUCGAGUUUUAUCCUUUUUAUCAUAACAAGUAUCAUCCACGAGAAAGGAACGACUUUGCAUGCUAUCCCAUUUCCUAGCAGCUCGGUGAAAUCUCGCUGGCAAACGAGAUAUUAUUUGUUGAUCAGUCGACUGUAAAUUACGUCGAUCUGUUUAAUUACUAUAAAACGUAAAAAUUUACAAUGUAGCAUACUGUAGUAAGAAUAAUACGAGUUUUUCAGAUUCUUCUAUGUGUCUUUUCGAUAGGCAAGAACGUUGAACUUUAAAGUCACCCCAAAUUUCCCUUGCCGCUUGAUUUAUCGUUGUUUUGUAUAUAAAGUCGAUUAAUAAUUUUCUUUUAUCUUUAUCUCGCACAUCAUCUAAACUUACACCCAACGCCAUAUGCCUUCUUGGCCUUUCUCUAAAUCGAGAUUAAAAUUCUAGGAAUUUAUGUACAAAUAUGUGUGUACAGAAUCGAAUAUGUGUGGAAAUUAGUUGUCUUGUUACAAAUCAUUACUUGAUUGUGCUCUCCAGAUAUUCGUCUCUAAGAAUACGUCUUUUCUCUGUUACUUUUACAUUGAUACCGAUCAUAUCCCUCGGCUCCCACAAUGCAUUGAAUGCAGGACAUUUUGCAUAGCUGAGUCGUUCCAAAGUAUCGUGAGCUAUAAUCGAGCAUUGUGGUUGCGAUAAUGUUGUCGAUUUCAUCCUCGACUUGCAAAAGCAAAUUUCUGUAGCAAUCUACUAAAAUAUUAGACACCUCGAAUGCACUAGACUUGUGAAACUUCCAACAAAUUAAUUAUGUCAAAUAAUAUUAAUAUUGAUAUUAAUAUUUAUAUAUGGUUCUUCAUAUUUAUACAUUGAUUUUUGAUAUAAAUGGAAAAUAUCUGGUUUGCAUAGUCGGUGAAUGAUAGAUAUAAAAUGUAAUAUUUGAAACAUCGGUUACAGAGCGUAAUCUACGUAGCUGUGAAAACGGCAAUUGUUUUAGCGUAUAAACACUGAAUUCAUACAUAUUUGUAUAUAGUAAUAGAUACAUAAUAAUAUAUGUGAUGAUGUAUAAUUAGUAGAAACGGCUAUGUGAAAAAUAUUUCAAAUUUUUAAUAUAUAUUCUUAUAACAAUAUUUUUACGCUAUCUACACUUUCCUUUCAGGUAUACAUAAAAAUACGUUCGUACAAUAAUCAUAUACCUAAGAUUACAUUUACGAUUCUCUCCUCUAGCAGGUCAACAUAAAGUACUUUAUAUAUUAUAUACAUAUAUUUUAUUUAUACUAUAUAUAUUUAGCAAUGUAUUUUUUAUAAAAGUUGUAUAUAACAAUAUAAUGGUGUACGUUCCCCGAAUAUCAUUACAAGAAUUUAUAACAAUAUGUAAUAGUAAAUAUAAGGUAGUCAUUUGCUAUGCAA